CUAAUGCUAUAAACCUCUGACCACCGCCCCCUCUCUUCUUCCGUGGCCCGAAUGCCCAUUUCUCGUAGCUGAGCUUCCUAGAGAUGGCGGUUUCUCCGAGCGCAGCCCUUUCGGCUAAAUUCUCAAGCUGCCACUCCGUAAUUGAACAGAAAAGACCUAACUUGUGUUUCUCUUCGCUCAAUUUCUGUAAAUUAAACUUGAAGACAGGACUUGUUGGUACUCCAGUUUUGUCAUGCCCAGGUGGCCAGAGUAGGCAGGCUAGGAGAUCUGUACAAGUGUAUGGUUUAUUUGGCAGUAAAAAGGACAAUAAUGACAAUGGUGACAAUAAUGAUAAUGCUUCAAAGGCUGGAAUAUUUGGAAACAUGCAAAACCUUUAUGAGACUGUAAAAAAAGCACAGAUGGUUGUCCAAGUUGAGGCAGUACGUGUACAGAAAGAACUUGCAGCAGCAGAGUUUGAUGGUUAUUGUGAAGGUGAGCUCAUAAAGGCAACACUUUCUGGUAACCAGCAGCCUGUGCGGAUUGAAAUAACUGAAGCGGCAAUGGAAUUGGGACCCGAGAAGCUCUCUGUUUUGGUGACUGAGGCAUACAAGGAUGCACACCAGAAAAGUGUACAGGGGAUGAAGGAGAGAAUGAGUAAUCUUGCUCAGAGUUUAGGAAUGCCACAGGGCCUAAGUGAUGGAUUGAAGUGAUGAUGAUGAUGAUGGUGUUUCUUUCCAAUUUGUAUCUUAGUUUUUGCUUUGUCCCUUUCUCUCUAGGUUUUCAAUUUGUACCCCCAUAGUAUUAUUUAUUUUUGUCCCUUAGAGAAUUAACCUUCACCAGUUUUCAAGUCAUAUCUUCUUUAAAAUUCUGUAUGUACUUUUAUUUCAACAUCUGUAAGGGGAAUAAUAAGACAGAUUGGACAACAACCCUCUCUAGGUAAAAAAUCAUUGCACAACCUCACUCUGUAUGAAGAAAGAAAUCAUGAAAAAAGGUUAUUUGGUGAAAA